AUGAUAGAGCUGGGUCUCGAGCGCAUCACACGCUUGCUCAAACACACGCCACUGCCAUGGAAAGCAGUACACGUUGCCGGCACCAAUGGAAAAGGCUCAAUCUGCGCGGCCAUCAGCGCGAUGCUGCACGCUCAAGGCGUCCGCUGCGGGCGGUUCACAUCACCCCAUCUGAUCGACCAGUGGGACUGUAUCACCAUCAACGAGCGGCCUGUCAGCGAGUCGCUUUUCCGAGACGCUCACAGCGGCUUCGUUUCGCUCAGUAAAAAGGAGGACAUCAGAGCCUCGGAGUUCGAGCUCCUGACCGCCACGGCCUUCGAGGUCUUUACCAAGGAAAAGGUCGAAGUCGCGGUCGUGGAGACUGGCAUGGGCGGCCGGCUCGACGCUACGAACGUACUCGAGAAGCCACUGGUGACCGUCAUCUCGAAAAUCGGACUGGACCAUCAGGCCUUCUUGGGUGACACUCUAGCCAAGAUCGCAGGAGAGAAGGCAGGGAUACUUAAGCCCGGCAUUCCGUGCUUCGUCGACGCCACCAACGACGAAGAAGCUCUCCGCACCAUCCGGAAGACAGCGGAGAGUGUCGCGGCCGGCCCUCUUACCUUCAUCGACACUCCUCCACCACUCCCCCAAUCCAACUCCAGCCUCGGCCAGGCUGCCCCCAAGCAACCGCACCAAAGGACCAACCUAUCUCUCGCUCUCGCCGCCACAUCCCUCGCCCUCCAAACCCUGCACAGCCUCCCCACACCACCCCCACCAGCCUCCCUCCUCCCCACCGCCCUCCGCACCCACCUGCCCGGACGUCUCCAACUUCUCAGCCUCGCGCCCCUCAUCUCCCGCACAUCCCCCGUCCUCCUCGACGGCGCCCACAACGCAGACUCAGCAACCGUACUGGGCGCCCACGUCAACACGCACCUCCGCCCCACCGGUACCGGUCACGUGACCUACGUUCUCGCCAUGUCGGCUGGGAAGGACUGCGCGGCGAUCCUGGGCCCGCUGCUGCGCGACGGGGAUAGUGUUGUUGCGGUGGAGUUUGGGCCUGUGGAGGGGAUGCCGUGGGUACGGGCUAUGGGGGCGGGGGAGCUGCUGAAUGCGGCAAGGGGGAUGGUGAGGUUGGAGGCGGAGAGGGAGGUGGGAAGGGAUGUGUUGGGGGGGUUGAGGGCGGCGGGGGAAAUCGCGGGCGAGGGGCCGCUGGUCGUGGCGGGGAGUUUGUAUUUGGUGGGGGAUGUGUUGAGGUUGUUGAGGGAUAGGGGCGUUGAUGUGUAUGGGAGUGGUGUACAGUCGGAGUAA